UGUUGUUGCUGGCUGGCCGUCUUAAAGGGACCUGGGAUAUUCCUUGUGUUUUUAUUUAUACCUCAACAUGAAAGGAAGAUGUGAUCGCUGCACAGAUGGUCAUGAUGGAAGAUAUGUUCCACUGAGUGACAUGUUUUUUAAUGCUCUGAAUUUCAGAAUUAUGUGAAUGUUGUUCUGCUGAUUUGAGUGACAUAAAUAUCCUAUGCAAUUUGACUCGAGUACUUGAUUUUAUAUGGCAGGAUGAAAAGCAAUUGAAUUAAUUGUACAGGUAGGAAGUGUUAGGGAUGCAAUAUUAUCCUAAUUUUAUGCUAAACCAUAGACAACUAUACAUGAUUAUACAUAACUACAAAAAGGCCGGCUAUACUUCCUGUCACCCUGCAAAAACGUCCUGGUAUUACGGUCCUUUGAUGUUCUGCUGACUGGUGACAACUGCUCUGGUAUGCACUUUGGCUUAUAAUAACUUCUGCUCCAGCCAAAACUUGGCACAUCUGAAUUCUUAAAAGGAAUUCGUGUGCUCAAAUGUUUGUGGUAGAAAGUAUUGGGGUGCUGGGUUCCAAAAGCCAUAUAUUUAAAUAAAGGAAAAGUCCACUCUGGAAUAUUCUUUACCUUUUAAUGUAUUAUUUUUUUAACAGCAGAGGUCAGAGCAAAUGGAUGCAUCUUAUGUGGUGUGAAGGCACAUUCUAGUCUUGACAACUUUUUGUGUCUCGAUAUCCCAAGGGGUAUGAUCAAAGCCACUCACUUCACCCGACCCCUAUUCCAGUGACACUUGGACUAGUCCUCUGACUGGGCAUGGUUGUCAACUAUGGGGGAAGGGGGUUCAUUAUGUAAACCUGAUCUACUCUGUAAUUCUACCUAUUUCAGGAUCUCUAAAUAUGCACCCAACAGAGCCCCUCUCUAGCCCAGUGAGGUUUAGGGGCAAAUGGUGAUUCUGGUGAAAACAUUGUUUAGGUCUGGCCGAAGGGAGAGUUCUUCUUGGUGUGACUUACCUGGAGGCAUGACCAGAGCCCCUCUAUAUGCACCCAGGAGAGUCCGGAGCAUAAAAUGUUCACUGUACCCUGCAAUUACAUCUGCUGCUCUGCACAUGUGACAAAUAAACUCUGUCACUUCUCACUCCUCCCUCUCUCCAGCAGUGUUAUGUUAAGUAGCUGGUCUGCUUUCUGUCUGUGGCUGUACUCCUUGGGUUUCAAUUCCAAACAUGGUUAUCUUUCUAGGGGUCUCUCUCCUCUCUCUCUCUCUCUCUCUCUGCUGCCAACUGUGCGCACUCCAGAGCAAACAAAUGGGUGAGGAGAAAUAGAAAAUCUAUAGACAAAUCAUUGAAGGGACGAGAGGGAGGGAGAGACGCACAAUGUGAGAAAUCCAUUCCAAUUGUGUUUAUGGUGUAAUAACCGAAUAAAGACACAUCGUGUACUCCAGCUGUAUGUAAGGGAAAAGGGAACAAUCUUUUUCAACGUUUUCUCAGUUUUGACUGAACUUUUGAGAAAUAGACCAACUCCAGUGACAAUUGUUCAGUCUCACUGAUAAAGCAACAAAAACUUCAAGAUUUAGUGGAGGACAACCUUUUUCUACCAGCUUUGACCUCUGGUAUCUUUUGUAAACUUUGGAAUAUAACACAUUUUUAAAACUUAUUGAACAACUAGAUGUUUGGUUUGGAAUAACAGCCUCCCUUACCAUGUGUGCAGACAACUCCACCCUGUUGGAGGCGGUUCUCUACGGCCAUCCACCAUGCGAUGGCUGGACCAACAACACUGAGGGGGCCUUCUACCACCUGGGCAACACCGUCUUGUUCCUGGGAUACAUGGGAGGCAGCGGCGCCUACGGCUGCCUAUUCAUAUUUGGUUUCCUGACGAUUGCCUUCACCUGCCUGGCCCUGUGGGGCUGGAUGACCAUGUGUGGGGUGGAUGUGUUCACCUGGAACUUGCUACUGCUGGUGGCCUGUGUGCUCCAGAUCUGCCACCUCGUAUACAGGCUGCAACAGGAUGGCCUGGCCAGCGAGGAGCUGUUGGCCCUCUACUCAGCCGUCUACCAGCCCCUGGACGUUCCCGUACAGGUGUUCAAAGAUAUUGUGGGGGCCUGUGAGAACAAAGUGCUAGCACUAGGGGUAGAGGAGACGUAUGCGGUGGAGGGCAAGACGCCCAUCGACCAGCUCUCCUUUCUGCUGUCUGGGAGGAUCCGUGUGUCUCUGGAUGGACAAUUCCUCCAUUACAUCUUCCCCCACAAGUUCCUGGACUCUCCUGAGUGGGAGUCUCUCCGACCCAACGAAGAGGGGAACUUUCAGGUGACCCUGACAGCGGAGACGGACUGCCGCUACAUCUCAUGGCGUCGGUGCCGCCUUUACAUGCUUCUGUCCAAGGAGCGCUACAUUGCCCGCCUCUUCUCCAUCAUGCUGGGUAGUGACAUCGCCGACAAGCUCUACUCACUCAACGACAAGCUCUUCGUGAAGAGCGGCGUGCGCCUCGACAUCCGAUUGCCCAGCCUCUACCACGUCCUGGCCCCCUCCUCCCUGGGCAGCGAGGGGGAGGUCUAUAGCGGCAUUGGUAGUGGGAGUGCCAGAGACCAGGUAGCCCCAGUGGAACAGCAGGAAGCAGCAGUGGUAGAUGUGGACCCGGUUCCAGCCUACCAGAGGUCAGAGCCUCCAACACCCCCAACCCCCCGGCUGCAGAUCCGAGAGAAGACCCCCACCCCAUCGGCCAACCCCUGCCAACCAUCCCAGCGCCAGCCCUCAGACAUGGAGAUGCCAUCUGGUGAGGACUCUACCAGCCUGGUCCUAGAAGACUUUGCGGAUAUGACCGGGUCCUUAAUGGAUUAUGGGAGUGAGAGGGAUUAUUUGAGGUAGAUGGCAGGUUGCUGGAGCUAACACACUGGGCCACUACUUAAGAUACAUGAUGUCCCCCAGUCCUCAGGAUCACCUGCACUUCAGCACUCUUGUCCAGGAGGAACACCUCCAGCUGCACCAGGAUGUGAUGGGCUGGGGAAGAGGAGGAGGGGACGGGAUGUAACUUGAUCAUCAUCACAUGAGAUAUUGCUGUAUUUAACCAUUCAACUGUGGGGUCAAAGUAGUGGGCAUAAUGAACAUCCAACAAUUAUCUGAUGGACAGCCAGUCUGUGUUUUUACAUAGAGGUAAAUGUUGGCUACUCACCACAGAAGGGAGGUGCAGAGGUUGUCAGGAGGAAAAGCUUCUUUGGUUGAGGAAGAGGAAAGACUGUUAAACCACUGUUCUCCAAUAACCCUGAAACACACAAAGACACAUGUACAUACAAAAGACAGAGAGAGUAAGAUGUAAAAUAGCCAUUCCUAUCACAGUUAUGACAGAUGAAAGGCCUCCAGAGUACAUUUACUGCUUUAUCUGUAUCAGUCUGUCACUGCAUCAGCAGCGCCAGUGUGCCCAGACCAGACAUGACACUAGCUAGGUCAGACAGUUGCCCUAUCUCUCACUGAGUGAAACCUGACUAAAGUAAACAUGGAAAGUGUGCUGGGAAGUUUGAAUAAUACCAAAAUAUCCCAUGCAAACACAUGAUCAAAAUAGUUUGUGCAUAGUCUACUCUAGGCUACAUGUAAAAGGUGGCUAUUUAUAAUAUUUACAUUUGUAUGACCAACGUACUCACAGACAGCAGGUUGGUAUAAUAUCUGGGGAAAUAGUUUAAUGUUGAUGAUGUCCUUACCUAUUCGUGGACAUCUGCCUGGGCAGCCUAAACAGCGCCCCUUGAGGAAGUCCUCAUAGCUGGAACAAGGGAUGCCAGUCAGUGGGCAGGUCCCGUUCAGUGCGCUUAUGUAGACGUGGAGCGCCCUCAUGUGGUCACAUAUCACAUAGCUGUACACUGGAAAGUAGACAAGAACUGAUCACAAACGAAGAUUCUCAGGUAGCCAGAAGCUUACCACUAAAUAGCCUAUAGGCUAGUAAACAUAGUGCUUACUGUUUAGUUAGUGAAUAAUCAAAAAACAUCAACAGUUGUUUAAGUUGAAAGACAUGUCUGAAGUUUAUAUUGAAAUUCAUACACACUUAGGUUAGGCCUCUUUGCCAAUGAAGCAUUUUGGCGGCAAAAUGGUCUUACUUGACGUAGACCUGGAGCGCGAGCAACCUGCUUGGUCCAUCCCGCCAUUUAGAAAGAAGUCUGCAUGGCCGACAGAGAUGGAGAUGCCGAAAUCUGAGAGAAAAGGAUGAUAAUUGAUGUCGAAUGGCUGAUACCAGGACAUUGUCAUAUUGUCAUUCCAGUGAACAGUGAGACUUUUGAAAUAGAGUAGGCCUAAGAGGAAAAGAUGGAAUGGUAGCAGAAAUCUCUUUGCAAUAACAAUGAUUAUUUGUGCGUAGCCUAUUCUCUCACAGUCGGAGUCAGUGUGGAUGGCCUCCACAAACAGUGCAUCUGAGGGGUCAAGACGGUCAAACGUGUCGGCUCUUUUAAACAUGGGUCCAGCCGGGUCCAGACCUACAGCAGGAGAUACAGAGGUCAGUGGGGGAUAGAUAGAGUACUGCAUCAGCGAUAGUGAUGACAAACACAAAUAUACACACACAGAGCGCCUGUGAACUACUGCCCUAAAGUAUUCAGACUACUUCAUAUCACAGCGCUGAAGGCCUCUACUGAGACAAAAACAUCAGCGAUAGUGUACAGACAGACAAUCAUAUGUAUUAUUGUGUCGUUGUGUGACUUCAGAAGGGUAACGUCUCCCUCUUUCACAAAUUCAGCUCACUGCCUUUCAAUAUCAGCUGUUGUUGUUUUCCAGAGCUGUCUCUCUCUUUGAAAGCCUAAUUCAGUCAGAUUGGCAGAGAUGAGAGGGUCUGUGAGUGACUGGCCUGCUUUGUGGUGACCAGUCUCUGUCUGGCCCUGUUGAGCCCUGUUCUGCAGACAGAAGGUGCCCUGUGGAACUGUUAAUGGGUCAGACACAGAUGGAGCUCACCUGUAAUUCUUCCUAUCUUGCCCUUGAACAGGGUCCCCACGAAUCCAGACACAUGUGCCCCAAGACUAACCCCAAUGAAGUGAAAUGACUCCAGUUUGCAUCCAUGGUUCUGUGGGACAGACAUCAGACCUCCUUUAUUUUCAUUACUUUUAACUUAAUUUGCUGUCAGUGUAAACAUAAACAAAUGAGGAGGCCCUGACCUGGAGCUGGUUGAUGAGGACAGAGAUCUGGAUGGCCACCUCCUUGUAGUUCUCCACCACCAUGUUGUAGGCGAGUGAGGCCCCAUAGACCCAGUCCACCACCACCACGUUGGCAUCCUGCACCCGCAGCAGAGCCUGGGCCAGCUGCUUCACCCAGGAUGGCUUACUGCCCAGAGCCCUGGGAGGGAGGGAGGAAAGGGGAGGUGGAGGUUGGGAGGGAGGGAGAGAUAACUUAUACGUUUUAUGUGUAGAAUAUAGAUAUACCUUGCCAAGUUUUUGACCUCCCUCCCUUAUUCCUUACCUGUAUCCAUGGACAAUUAUCUUGGUGGGUUGGGAGGAGUUGAAGUAGGUGUUGUUGCUGAGGAAGUCCUGACUGAAGAGGCUGGCACAGUCUGUAUUCUUCCGUGUCAAGAGCAGGUACUGCACCUGUAGCUUGCUGCCCUGCUGAUGGUACUCCAGCCAGGUCAUGUUGUUGAAGUCAGCACAUUCUGAUCUGGGCUCCUCAUCUUCCCCUGCAGGUUCAGAGGAGAAAUGUCCAUAAAGAACCUGGAGAACAACACCAACAACAACAACAAAUGCACCAUUUGCACAAAAUAAAAUCUUCUUUACAUCGACAGUGACAUAGCAUAUGCUAUAAUAAAUAUGCUUAGAGGAAGGUUAGUAUAUUAAUUUAAUAAUAUUAGGAAGAAGCUUCUGCAAUAGAGAUGAGUUGUACUUACCGACUGCAAAUGUAAUGUAGAAGGCUAGAAUACUGAGAAUAGUUUGCACUGUUUUCAGUUUCCAGCCCAUUGUCUUGAAAGAAGAGUAUCAAGAAUAGUAACUUGGCUUUACCAGAUAGUUUGGUGAAAUGUGUUGGUGAACUGUGCCUCAGAUCCUUAGCUUUGGAAACUCUCUUUUCCCUCUCAGCAGUCCUUGUAGCUAUGCAAUAACUCACUUUGGUUCUAGAAAUGUCAUUCAACCCUCUACCGGUCAACAGUGGCCACAAAAGGGCAGGAAUCUACUUAAGAGAAUGAAGUUGAAUACAACGUUAUUUCACAAUGCCUGGCAUUGAAAUAGUUAGUUACACAGUAACAGAGAUGGGGGGUUGGGAGAAUUUCCUUCCCUGCUUUCUCGCAAAGCUCAGCUGGCACAGUAAACUAGCCUUAUGAAAACGCACCCACAUACCUCUCCUGCUCCAGUCGAUCGUCAGUGUGUUGUUUAGGACCCAGUGUUUAGUCUAUAUGGGGGGUUUUGAAUCCAUGACCUCACUGGUGAUCAAUACCUGUUUCUUUUAAUACUAAACUCUGGCUGUCUGAGGGUGACAUUCUCACUGUGUCUCAUGGUGAGUUCAUUUCAGCAAUGGAUUCAGACUUACCCUUAUACUCAUCCAUGUGACUAUAUAGAUGGACCUGCAACCCUAAUCAGACUGUUCAGCUUUUAUUGAAGAAAAGAAUCCUCCUCUCUGGAGAACAAGGUCAAGGACAUGUAGGCCUAUUGUGUCUGGGAUUGACAAUACAGUGUCAGUCUCCAUCUAUUUCUGAUGAAAUCAAAUGGGUCUGGCUGAGUGGUCAUAAGUGAGAACAGACCGGGAAAGAACAUGUUCAGAGAUUGGUUUUCACACAACUUUAAUAUCAACUUUUACAGAGUGCAGUAAUGAGGAUUAGACACUUGGACUGGGGAUGGUGAGCUAUAUGUUAUGUGUUAUUAGCAGAUCGUGGGGCAAUUAUUUAACCUUUAUUCUCUCUCUCUCCUUGGGUAACUGGGAAGCCACCCAAUCCAUGGUCCGCUUGCGUGCCUCCUCCCAGCUGUACCGUGGAGCGUACCCCAUGUCCCUCUGAGCCCUCCGAUAGGAAAAGCUGAAGGGCGUGUUCAGCAUGGUGAGGAGCUGCCGGUUUAUGGGCGGUGUGAAGCGCUUGAAGGGGCAGAGCAGUAUCUGCAGCAUCUCCAUGAGGAAACAGAGGAGGUAGAGGACUGGGAUGGGCAGGAUAGGCUUCUCCUGGAUGCUGAAGCCCAGCGGCGACAACACAGCAUGGUUGAAGUCAGAGUAGCUGACAGGCGGCGUGUCAUCUGAGAUGUAGUAGAAGUUCCCUCCGAUGGCGGCUCUCCGCUGGGGGUCUCGCAGGGCACGGGCAGCCUGGAGGUGGGCCAGGGCCGCAUUCCCCACGUAUACAGGGUUCACCUGGGCCUCCGGGCGGGAGGUACGGUACAACAUAUCCCCGUUCCGAAUCCCGUCUCCCAUAUGGCCCAGCAGGAAACGGCAGCCCUCUCCAUAGAUGUACAUGGGUCGGAGGGCGCAGGUGGCCAGCCGGCCCCCAUUCUGGAGCACCUCACCCUGGGCUUGCAGGGUGACCUGCUCGGCCUCCUUCUUGGUCUUGCUGUAGGGGAACUUUAGGGAGCAUGUGUAGGGUGUGUUCUCAUCACCGUUGAUGAUGGGGUCUCCGUUGGCGUUGGGGCCGGCGACCUCGAUGCUGCUGGUGUAGAUGAAGGACACCACAUUCUCCUGGACGCACGUCUCCAGAAGGAGCUGGGUUCCUGAGAAAGAUAUCAGAUGAAUGAGUACAUCAGCAGGGUCAAUUCCGUUUUCAAGAGCAGCUCAAGUAUUUGAAAGUAUUAGACAUGUUUAUUUCACUCAGGUUUGCUGCCAAUCUCAACCCAAAGCUUCAGUCAAAUCUGAUCAUACCUUUGACGUUGACCCUGUGAAGCUCACUGUAUAACACCUUCCCGGUGACGUCAAUGAGGGACGCAGUGUGGAAGACCAGCGAUGCUCCCUUGCACGCUCUCCUCAGCAGCUCACUAUCACUAAUGUCCCCUUCAAAUACGCUUACCAGCGUGUCCCCUCUGAUCUCUGACAACAAACCAAUCAGAGAAGAAACAAACCAAAGAAAAGUUGUAAAAUAUCAAUAUUUACACUAACCCUAAUAGUGAGAGAGAAAAAAAGGAGAGCUGGUAUAGUAUUUACCUUCCAGACACUGUAUGAGUUGUGGUCGGACAUGUAUGUCCAGCAUACGGAUCUCUGUGAGCUUGUCUUCCUCCAGCAGCAGCCGUACCAGCCUCUCUCCCAGGAACCCACAGGCUCCUGUCACCACACACACAUCACCUUGCAGAGACAUGGCCCAGUCCAAAAUCUGAAACUACUACCCCUUUCAGAAAACUCCCUUUCCUAAGCACUGGGAAUGACCAAUGCUCCAGACUUUGUCCCGUCCUAAAACUCCUCUGCUAUCCCGAGGGCAUGGCAGACACUAACUUAACACCCCUCUCCCCUCUCUGAAAACUCCCUUUUUCUAGCCUGAGGGAAUGUGCUAGAAGUGCCGGUAACUGCCACUCUGGGGUGAGAAGUGAGGCAAGGUCUACAGGCAGGCAUACGCAAGAGAGGGAGGGAGGACAGGGAUGUUUUAUUUCCCAGUAUCUGCCAAGGACGGCUGCCAAGGCUACAGGUCACAGACCAGCCAUGGAAAACAGAAGACUUGAAUGUCAAGGCGACGUCUGACUAACAAUUUGUUUUUGUCCCCUGUUGACAGUGAUAAACUGACCAGAGUCAGUUUAUCAGAUUUAGUGGCUCUGGCUGGUUUAUUUUGACAGGCUUGGCCACGGAUUCUCUACAUGCUCUAUAAAACAUCUAUAUAUUCACCCUGUGUCAUUUAUUCCAGAUUUUAAACCUAAUCCGGAUCUGCAUUAGGAUCAGUUUGGUCAUGAGUAGCAUAUGUUGAAGUAGUUUUAUCCUCUCAUAAACUGCCAAAUGUAUGUGAUUGCAGGUGGUUUUGUGACAUUUUGAACAGCUCAAGAUUCUAGAGUAACACACUGGACAUGUCUGUUAUGGGAUGGUUUAGGUGUCUAUUGAGUUUGUUUCCAGUUUCAUAAGCUCUCCAUCUCCCUGUGAUAACAGACGUGUUAGUAGACCUUGGUCUGGUAUUAGGGCCUCCCUCUCUGCUGUCUUAUCUGGAGGAUGAAGGAUAAUGUCACUGUGCCAAGGCCACAGCUGAAACAUGCAAAGACCUCCAUGUUCAACCCACAUCCCUUCAACUCAAUCAACCCCUCUAGACUAGUCAGUGGGAUGACAUGUUAGAUUGUGUGGUGUUUGGUUUGACUUGAAAAGGUUGAUUCAUAGUAUGCCUUUUAAUUUCUUAAAAUACACUAGUCAUUCAUAUACAAUACAAAAUACUUUUUUAUCAAUCAAACAUAAUUUAAGCUAUCAUUUACAGUUUGAAAAUGCAAUGCCAAAAGUUAAAAACAUAAGUGUUCUACAUUAAAGAGCAUAGCAGAAGUCACUCAGAUACAACGAUAGUUCCAACAAAAUAGACACAAGGAGUGGAAACUAACAGUCAGUCAACUACAUGUACAGUCAGUCAACUACAUAGCUGAGACCCAGGGAUUUGAACCAAAAUGAUUUCCCAAUCAUAUUGUUCUGAAGAGAACCACUUUGUUGUUGUUUGGUUCCACUGUUCUGACCAGAAAAAUAAAGUGCUGAACUAGUUUGAACCCCGCCUCAAAAAGUACUGGUUUAAAUCAUUCCUUUCUGUUUUUUAUUUAUUUUAUUUGAAUUUUACCCCCUUUUCUCUCCAAUUUUCGUGGUAUACAAUUGUUAGUAGUUAAGAUCUUGUCUCAUCGCUACAACUCCCGUACGGGCUCGGGAGAGAUGAAGGUCGAAAGCCAUGCG